AUGCCGGAAUACGUUUUUGAUUGGAAUAAGUGGGUGCCGAAAAAGGUUGGGUUUGUGGCUUGGCGUGCAGAAAAGGAACGGCUUCCGACAAGGGUAGCAUUGGCUGAAAGAAAUGUCCGCAUUGAGUCGGAUAGAUGUGUGAUCUGUGGUGACUAUGCCGAAACUAGUGACCAUGUCUUCAUGUCUUGCCAAUUGGCUCAGACGGUUUGGAGCAUUGUAUCGCAAUGGUGCAAAAUCCCAACUUUCUCUGCGUUUUGCAUCCAAGACGUCCUAAGUAUGCAUGGUGGGAUCUCCGGUUCACAGAAGAGAAGGAAUAUUGUCCAGGCGAUUGUGCAUGUUACGAUAUGGAGUAUUUGGAAUACGCGGAAUGAUGCAGUCUUCAAUAGUGUAUAUCCAUCAGUUCCAAAGAUCAUAGAGGAGGUCAAGCACAUGAGUUAUCUGUGGGUUAAAAGUCGAUCAAAGGAUCCACUGAUAACAUGGGAAACAUGGAGGUGUUUUGAAGGUUUUUGA